AUGUCAACUGAACAAGAGGACGAAAAAAUAUUGUGCGCACAGUGCAUGUCAAUCUUCACCGGCCAGCAGCAGCUCAAAGACCCCUCGAUUAGUAGCGAUCGAGGCCCUGUCCACCACUUCUCCGCCGCAUCCUUCGAAGCUGCGGCGAACUCUGGAUGCAUUAUCUGUACUCGAGCGCGAGCUGCUCUGCGCAGGGACGAGCUUGAUUGUUUGUCGAUGCAGGUCGGGCAUGAGCCUUUUUCCUACUGUCUGUUGUCGAAAAACUCGGAGGAGCUAUACACGCUGGAAAUCAUCAUCUACUAUGCUGUGGAAAGGCUUCUAGAGGGUGAGGAUGGGCGCAAGCGUUUUGUCUGGGAGACUCACUUGCGCUCAACUGAAAAGGCCCGAGAGUAUGGCUGUCCAAGUGGCAAUGACAUGGCAUGCUAUACCUAUACUCCUCAUACUGGAUCCGAAGGGUCGUUCAACCAGGCGCGCAAAUGGUACAGCGACUGCCGAGAGAAGCACGCCAGGUGCAACGUAUCCCGGAGAUCUCUCUCGUAUUCUCCAACUCGCCUGCUCGACUUGAACUACCACGGAAGUGAUUUGCGGCUAAUCAUGACCGCAGAAGAGACCAUCAAGGAAGACUACGCAACUCUCAGUCAUUGCUGGGGUGGACAAAGCAUCAUCAAACUUACGACUGAUACCCUGGCCCAAUUUCAGAACAAGAUUGGAACCACCAGUCUUCCUCAGACAUUCAGAGAUGCCAUCUUAGUUGCUAGGAGGCUUGGAAUACGCUAUCUAUGGAUCGAUUCCCUCUGUAUCAUCCAGGAUUCUUUGGAAGACUGGCAGAAAGAGGCGGCGCUCAUGGGUGAAGUGUACAGCAACAGCACACUCAACGUGAUGGCCACGGCAUGCAGAAACAGCCACCAGAGUCUCUUCCGGAGCAGAGACCAAGGUGAAUUGCUGCACUACACAGUUCGCACCGAGUGGGAUGGAAUAAAGCCAGAGACCUGUUAUAUUCUUUCUCGGUGGUUCUGGGACAACCACACUUUGUUCGCGCCAUUGAACCGACGCGGCUGGGUGCUUCAAGAAAGAAUACUGCCACCGCGGGCGUUGCAUUUCACAUACAACCAACUGGUGUGGGAAUGCCGCGAGCAGGAAUCAUGCGAGAUGUACCCAGAUGGUCUUCCAAGAUUCUUGAAAAGCAUGAAUUAUAGCUUUGUGAAACACCUCGAUAUUGAUGCUUCCCAAGCGUGGCUUACACAUCUGCAAGAGUCCAGUCUCAGCCAGAGGGAUUGCUACGAAAAGUGGCUCCGGGUGAUUCGUAUGUAUUGGUAUACUAGGACCACAAAGGAUACGGAUAAGCUUGUUGCCAUCAGCGGUCUCGCCAAACGCAUGGGUGGCGCGCUGAAAGACCGGUAUCUUGCAGGUCUGUGGGAGGGCAACCUCCCCUCUAAUCUGUUGUGGUAUGUCCAUAUUGUUGAUGGGAAAUGUUGCCGGCCUGAGAAUUACAGGGCACCAUCCUGGUCGUGGGCUUCUAUCGAGGCAAAUGAGGGCGUGAACCUUUGGCACACACCGCUGCGUGAGCGUGUCCUCGUUGAGAUUGAGGAAGCCAGCGUAACACCACUAUCGAACAUUGAUGUUACGGGAGAGGUGAUAGAUGGCCACCUUCGAUUAAGAGGUAGCGUGCUCCAGGCAGAGCUUAUUAUCCAUGACCCGUCCGCUAGAGAGGAGAGUGGAAGAUUGCAGAUUCGUGUCCAAGGGGAAAAGGUGGACGGGAAAUUCUUUCCAGAUGAGAACAUCACUGCCACAUCCACGUCGGUCUAUUGUCUCCCCGUGUGGGUAGCAACGAAGCCAUUGGACAACAAAGAGGGCGCCGUUGCACUCAUUCUCAAGCCGGUGGAUGGCAAGCCUCGGGGUUGGUAUUCACGCCUUGGCUUACUCAAUAAUUCACCGUACGACAAAGAUUUAUCGUCAGGAGGAUGGAAGAAGAUGCUCGAAUGUUUGGAUGAUCCAGGUUCCGGUGAUCAUUCAGUUUAUCUGGAAGCCGAUCCUGGGACAAUUAUGUUUGUGUAG